CGGGCGGGCCGGGCGGCCUGGCCCGGCCUGGCCCGCCGCGGCCAGGCCCUGCCCGGCCUGAGCGGCUCCCGUCUCGCUUCCCUCCCGGGCCUGGUGCCCCCCGUCCUCGUCCGCCACCGCCAUGGCGCAGCAGCAGGUGAGCAGCUCGCAGAAGGCGCUGAUGCUGGAGCUGAAGGGGCUGCAGGAGGAGCCGGUGGAGGGCUUCCGCAUCACCCUGGUCGACGAGUCCGACCUCUACAACUGGGAGGUGGCCAUCUUCGGGCCGCCCAACACGCUCUACGAGGGCGGCUACUUCAAGGCUCAUAUUAAAUUUCCAAUAGAUUAUCCGUAUUCACCACCUACCUUCAGAUUUCUGACCAAAAUGUGGCACCCGAACAUUUACGAGAAUGGGGAUGUAUGUAUUUCAAUUCUUCACCCACCUGUAGAUGAUCCUCAAAGUGGAGAACUGCCAUCGGAAAGGUGGAACCCCACCCAGAAUGUCAGGACGAUCCUACUGAGCGUAAUCUCCUUGCUUAAUGAGCCCAACACCUUCUCUCCGGCAAAUGUGGACGCCUCCGUCAUGUUCAGGAAAUGGAGGGACAGCAAAGGGAAAGACAAAGAAUACGCGGAAAUCAUCCGGAAACAAGUGCAGGCCACCAAGGCGGAGGCGGAGAAGGACGGUGUGAAGGUGCCCACCACGCUGGCCGAGUACUGCAUCAAAACUAAAGUGCCUUCCAAUGACAACAGCUCCGACUUGCUUUACGACGACCUGUACGACGACGACAUCGACGACGAAGACGAGGAGGAGGAGGAAGAGGAAGACGCUGAUUGUUACGACGACGAUGAUUCCGGCAACGAGGAGUCGUGACCUGUCCCCUUCUGGCCCUUCUUCCCCCACCCCCGCCCCACUUUCCCCCCGUCCGCCCAGCCUCCCAAUCGUACUGCCCUGCCAGUUUUGCCAGAGGGGAUGCAGGCGGUAAAUCCAAUGACCAUUCAGAAAAAAAGAAGGAAAACAAAACAAAAAAAAGAGAGAGAUAUACCUUCAAAGGGGCGGGCGGGUGGGGCAAAAAAAGACCCCAACCGAAACGUGCGUUUCCUGCUUUUCUCCUCUCGUACGGAGUCAAAUUUUCGUCCAUCCCCUCCAUCACUUCCCGGUCCUUUUGGCUUCGUAGCGAGAAAGACCUGCGCGGAUGAUCUUGGAUCGCACUUCCUUUCCAGUCCCAUCACUGUGUUUUUGAUUUCCCUCCCUCCCCUCCCCUCCUUUUUUUUUUUUUUUAAAGAAAAGACAAUACCUCCCCUCCCCCCACCCCCUUCCCUGCCUGCCCCUCUUCCCUUCCGGAGAGUUCACAGUACAGCAAAACAGUCUCGCUCUCUCUGUUUAGGUUCUCAAAUUAAACCCAGUCUUUCAUCAAGAGGUUUUGAUGUAUUUUAACGCCUGGUGGAGACCGUGGAGGAGUGGAACGACACCUUCCUCCGCGAGCUUGCAUAGAAUCUCACCCCACCCUUUCUUCUUUUCCGGGGCCUUCUUUGCUGCUCCUCAUGUGCGCACUUGUUUAGCCUUGUGGUGGUUGGUGCCGAUGGUGGUUUUUUUCCUUUUUUGGUUAUUUUUUUCCCCCUCUCCUCCCCCCUCCCCAAGGUGGAGGGCGAAAAGCUUCUGUGUUUUUGAACUGGGCCGCUGUCGGACGUGGUGCCAGAAAAGGCCAGCUGUUCCAAUUUCCAACUUUGCUAAGCUCACGUCGGGACGAGGGAGGUGGGUGGGAUUAGCAGCUUGACAAGGAGGGCCAAAAACCUCCUGAGGCAGAUGGAGGGGGGAUUGUCCGAGACCGGGGCGGUUGUCUUGUGAUAUGAAUCUUCCAAUAAACACGACGAAAUGCGCACCGUUUUCUUUUCCCCGAGUUAACAGAGGGUUGCAUCCAGGGAGCGGCUGCCUCUUUCCCCGAUGGCGGAGAGCAGUGCCGUAAUGCGAGGCCAGGAUGGGAUCUGGAACACGGCUUCUUUCGGGGAAACCCAGCCGCUUCCUGCACCCGGAGGUUUGCAACGGGCGCCUUGCCGCAGAUGGGCCUUUCUUAGGAAGAAGCGAGCAUCCAUGGGGCUGGAGAGAUAGAGGCCGGUUGCCCCCAAAGCAUUUCUUAAACCGAGGCUCUCCAACCUUGGCAACUUUUGUGGACUUCAACUCCCAGAAUCCCUCAGCCAGCAUAGCCUAGCUGGCUGAGGGACUCUGGGGAGGUGAGGCCCACAAGUCUUCAAGUUGCCGAGCUUGGACUGAGCCUGUCUCACACCACAUCAAUGCGGGAGAAAAAAGAAACAGACUUGUCCGAAAGGAAAUGAGGAUCGCAGGUUGCAGAUUCCAAAAGAGCCAAUAGAAAACAGAGUCUUUGGGGAGAAUUGCUUGUGUUCCUUUCAGGCAGGCAGAGCUGGCGCUGUCGGGACCAUGGCUCCUUGGCCAUCAAGUCCAACUGCCCAGUUGAAGGGUUCCCCAUAAGAAGAUUUAGUGCUUUGGGGGAAUGGCGGUGGGAGGUUCGAGCUUAUUUCGGCAGUGACGGUCUCAAGGGAAACCAGCCAAGACCCAGUGAGAGUUUCUAGGGUACCUGCCAUGUUAGACUCCCCUCUUCCUCCCCUCGGCCAUCAAAUUGCUGGGAUGGUGCCAGACACCCAUCAAGGAAUCGCGCUUCUCCUUCAAACUCUGGCUUUGCCUUUCCCCCGGCCCGUUUCUGAGCUUGGCCCUCGGGGGCCUCUCGGGAUCCUAGCUGGGAAGGCCCCGCUUUGACCCACACUGACCCAGAGCCGCCGUUGGGUCUUCUCAGGUUGGACGGCCCUUCAGAACUAGAGAUGGUUGCUGCCCCCUCCCUCAAAGGCUUUCAGUUUUGCUUCUGGCCCCCUGGUGGAAAGAUGGGGUAGCUCUGGGUGGGUCCCCCUGUUGGACAAGGAGGGCUGUUUGGAUGAACCCCUAGUUUGAAACAAAAAAUUGGAAACGGAUGAAAAGAAC